AUGGAUCCGCCACAGGUAUCUCAGCAGGCCAAAGCGUCCUUGCAUCCAGUCGCUUCUCCCGACGGCGCGUUCGUGGCCGCCGUGGCUGGCAAUCGUUUGCAAAUCCGCGCAGCCUCGUCGCUAUCUAUUAUCCGCAACAUACCUUUGUCCACCGAAUACUCAGCCAAGAACCCUCCCAUCGUACGAUGGCCGCAACGCAGCAGCAAUCAGAGCCUUCGCGUUCUAUUCGCCGACGAGCGCACUGUUCGCGUCUGGGACAUUGCCGACACUCGCUGGAAAGCGGUUAUUGAUAAUGGCAGCGGUGGCAUGGGAAAGAUAUCGAACGUGGAAUUUGGUUGCUCACAGAACGAGGUUCUUGUGUUUUCCGACUUUGGGGCCCGGGUCACCGUAUGGUGUCUGAAGACCGGCCGCAGCGUGGAAAUCAAGGAUCCCAAAUACUACCGAGACUCAAAAGGAUUUGGAUACCGACCCCGCAACUCGGUCUUUGCUCUUCUAUCUAGGCCUGGACCACAAGAUGUUCUCACUCUGCAUGCACCCGGCACUUACUUCCUACUGGAAACAAUCGCAUUGCCAAGCAGCGAUGCCCAAGGCAUUCAAUGGAGUCCUGACGGAAGGUGGCUUGUUGUUUGGGAUGCAGCAAGCACAGGGUUCAAGCUGUUUGUGUAUACGGCGGAUGGACAGCUAUACAGGACGUACAGUGGAGAUGACGACGAAGGAAUCCGUGGACUAGGCAUCAAAAGCAUCGAGUGGAGUCCAAGAGGAGACUAUCUCGCAGUUGGUGGGUACAACCAGAGGGUAACGCUGCUCAGCACACGAACAUUUUCUCCGGCCGUGUUUCUGGAUCACACGUCUGUCGUGCAGCUCUCGACAGGCGAGGUUUGGCAGGAACUAGUGUCCUCGACGCGCGCGUAUGCAUUGGUACCACAGCCAGUCUCGCCGCCCGUCGCUCAGCCCGCUCAGACAGAGAUAGCCUCGAAGACAGGCAUAUCUAUACUCGCCUUUAACACCAGCGGGGACCUUCUCGCCACCAGAGACGACUCAAUGCCAACUUGCGUCUGGUUGUGGGACUUGACGGGGCUUACAGCGCGGACAGUCCUGAUCCAGCAUGCACCAGUCAAGAGUCUCAAUUGGCACCCCAGCAUCCCGACGCUUCUUCUGAUUCAAUGCGCGCAAGAUGAUGCAGUCAUUCAUCUGUGGGAUCUAGAGAAAGAGGGCGCAAGGGUAGUGCAUAUGCCGUUCCAGAGGUCUGCCGGCAAGCUGGAGGGUCGAUGGCUGCGGGAUGGUGCAGAUAAGCAACCCUCUUUGAUUUUUGGCGAUCUUCAUGGCUUUGUGACUGUGUGGCCAGAAGGCAAAGACGCUGUUUUGAAAUCCAACCAUUCGAACAGCCGUCCUUGCACGCCUGGCAGUACAGACGAAAGCGAGGACUCGCUGUAUAACAUUCUGACGGGCCGCACGCCAAUUCCAGCGCUCGAGGAGUCGACGUCGUAUGAGGACUCGGCCGAUAGUACAGUCCUGGAAGACACCUUCCACGGCAAGAGACACCUGAUGGAGCCGCUGAGAGACUCGGAGUGUUUCUGA